GUAGGCUAUACAUAGCCAUUCUCAUAGAGGGCAAGCAGCCUCAGCAUAUGCGAUCUUCUAUAAAAAUGCUGAAGGACUUUAAUUAAGCCUGUAAUACAAAAUUUAUUUCAAAAGAAAACUUUAUCCAUACCAGGAUUCUACCUGCAAUAAUAUGGGCAUGCUUGCUGUACUUGCCCUACCAUUGGUUAUUCUAGGGAUCAGUGGAAUUAUUUAUAUCUACCAGUCAGUCAUAUGGCUACUGUCCCGGUCAGCAGUACAAAACAAGGUGGUGGUGAUAACAGAUGCUGUCUCUCGACUAGGCAAUGAAUGUUCUCGGGUGUUUCACACAGGAGGAGCAAGACUUAUUUUGUGUGGCAGGACAUGGGAGAAGUUAGAAGCCUUGUAUGAUGCUUUAAUUAGUGUGGCAGACCCCAGCAUGACUUAUACACCAAAGCUCAUUCUUCUGGAUAUCUCAGACAUAGACUGCAUUCAAGAUGUAGCUAGGGAAAUCCUGGAUUGCUAUGGCUGUGUGGAUGUACUGAUCAACAAUGCAAGUAUGAAGGUAAAAGGAGCAGUGCAGAGCAUUUCAUUGGAACUUGAUAAAAAGAUAAUGGAUGUCAACUAUUUUGGACCUGUAACUUUAACCAAAGCCAUUCUUCCCAACAUGAUCUCAAGGAGAACUGGCCAAAUUGUUCUAAUUAAUAGUAUCCAAGGAAAAAUAGGAAUCCCAUUUCGUGCAGCUUCUGCUGCUUCUAAAAAUGCUGCUGAGGCUCUUUGCUGUCUUGCUGUGCCAAGGACUGGCAUCCUCCAGGACUGCAGUAUCAAUUAUUCUAGAAACAACCUUUUAUAAAGCUAUGUGUAUGUC